CAAGUUCCCAACACCAUCUCAUUCAUUCAGAAAGGAGAAAACCAAAAUCCUUAAACUUCACAAGAAAUUCAGACCCUGUUCCUAUCUUUUAUACAAGAAAACCUCAGUUCAUGAGACUACUGAAGCUAUGAUUGAGUCUAAGUCCCUGCGCUUCAUCACCCACCAGUCUUUCUUCCCGGCAGUCCGAUCUGGGGACUUCGAUUCCCUCAAGCAACUGCUUGACAAUCUCACCAAAGAUGAUCCGUCUGAUGGGUCGUUUUCGGUUUCUGAUCUGAUGACGUCCCAGAGUGAUGCCGGCGAGACUGCUCUGUAUAUUGCGGCAGAGAAAAAUCUGCAAAAGGUUUUCAGUUACUUGCUCAGUUUCUGUGACAUUAAGACUGUUAAGAUCAGGUCUAAAGCUGAUUUGGAUACGUUUCAUGUUGCUGCUAAGCUAGGUCACUUGGAGAUUGUAGAGGAGCUUUUGAAGAUUUGGCCAGAACUUUGUAAAUCAUGUGACUCCUCCAAUACAAGUCCACUUUAUUCAGCAGCCAUUCAAGAUCAUCUGGAUGUGGUCAAUGCAAUGUUAAGGGCAGACCCUAGCUGCUUACAUAUAGUUCGGAAAAAUGGGAAGACUGCAUUGCAUAAUGCAGCGAGGUAUGGCCUCCUUCGUAUAGUAAAGGCUCUUAUAGACUGUGAUCCAGGGAUUGUGAGUAUCAAAGAUAAGAAAGGACAAACUGCACUUCAUAUGGCUGUAAAGGGUCAGUGUAUCUUUGUGGUAGAGCAGAUACUGUGUGCUGAUCCAGCUAUACUAAAUGAACGUGAUAAGAAAGGCAAUACAGCAGUGCACAUAGCCACCAGGAAAUGCCGUCCACAGAUAGUGAACCAGUUGCUGAAUUAUCCAUCUGUUGAUGUCAAUACCAUUAAUAAUCAGCAUGAAACUGCAAUGGAUUUGGCAGAUAAACUCCAAUAUGGAGAAUCUAUGCUAGAUAUUUGGGAAGCUCUUGCAGAGGCUGGUGCAAAGCAUGCUAGGCAUGUUGGUCAAGUGGAUGAAACAAUGGAACUUAAGAGGACAGUGAGUGAUAUUAAACAUGAGGUGCACUCACAACUCAUUCAAAAUGAAAAAACCAACCGACGAGUUUCUGGUAUUGCCAAGGAACUGAGGAAACUUCAUAGAGAAGCUGUUCAAAACACAAUCAACUCUGUCACGGUUGUUGCAGUUCUAUUUGCUUCAAUUGCUUUCUUGGCUAUAUUCAACUUGCCCGGCCAGUAUGUUGCAGAUGAUGGAAAUGAAGUAGGGAAGGCUAACAUUGCUGAUAAGGUGAGUUUCCGUGUAUUCUGCAUCCUGAACGCUACUUCUCUCUUCAUAUCUCUGGCAGUUGUCGUUGUUCAGAUAACUCUGGUAGCCUGGGAUACGAAGGCACAAAGGCAGGUUGUGUCGGUAAUUAACAAGCUGAUGUGGGCUGCCUGUGCUUGCACUUGUGGUGCAUUUCUGUCAAUAGCUUUUGUGGUUGUGGGGAAGGGAAGUUCUUGGAUGGCUAUCAUGGUAACUGCAGUGGGAAUACCAAUCCUUGUUGGCACACUUGCACUUAUGUGUUACUGUGUUUUCCGCCAACAUUUCGGAAGUCUCCGUAGUGAUUCUCAGAGACGUAUCAGGAGAGCGAGUGGGAGCAAGUCUUUCUCAUGGUCCUACUCAGCAAAUAUAUCAGAUGUUGAUGACUUUGAUUCUGACCUUCAGAAGGUUAUUGCUUUGUGAACACAACCAAGAAGGUUGUUGGCCUGCAUGGAAGAUUUGACAACGAUCUUUAUGAUCUUAAACAUUUCUUGGAUUUCUGAAGUUUAAGUAGAUAUGGGUGCCACGGAGGAACAAUGGGUAUUGUCCUUUUUUUUCUCUUUUGGUUACAAACUUGCAAUAAAAAGGCUGAAUGGAGAUUCACAUAUACAAUUUGUCUCUGUUAAGCUUCUUAUGGGUUGCAAAUGGUAUAUAUGUAUAUAUUCUUAAGAUAUGGUACCGUGGAAGAAAGGGGAUGUUAGUUCCUGAACUUUUCUACUCUAUUGAAAUCAUUUAUUGUGCUUUUUUUUUUUUUAUUAUUUAUUUACAGCCAAGUAUUGUUUUCAAAUUAGUUAUUGCAUAUUUUAAAAUAAAUUUUUUUUAGCGAU